CCUUAUGUACCGACAAAGCCGGCUGUUGACGUUGGUGCGUCACUCUAGUUUUUGAAGUCUCCUUAACAUAUAAUAUUUUUUAUGUGAUAGCGAGCAACUGAGCUAGUGUUUCGUCUGAUGAAAAUACGGCGAGCAAUGGUUACCGAAAAUGAUAAAUCCAAGAAACAACAGGCAAGAGCUGAAUUAAGAGAAUCUUUUCUGAGAUCUGUGUGUGAAUUACAGGGACAGCCAUGCCAUAUUUUGACCUAUGAGAAAUCGACUCUGGAAGCUACCUUCUCCGUCUGGAAGCCUGAUGGAACAGAAGUACUUGUCCAAGAUCUUAAAACACCAGCAAAUUUAAAAAUGCAAUCUGCCAUAUUACGGACACCAGAUAUUUUAGCAAUUACAUUUGAUGUACCAGCAACUCAGUAGUAUAUAUUUUAUAGAAUAAUUCUAUGAAAUCUAUUAAAGUUUGAUUAAUAAA